CCUGCCCUAACUAAGACAUCAAAAAUAAGUAGGCUAACAAGUAACUGACAAGGCCUACUGUUUUCUGUUGACAGUUAGCACUACUAGCUAGCAGACCAUAGCUCUGAACUUGGUCUGCUCUCUUCCGUGGACAAAAUAAAUGCCAAAUGGUAAGCCUAAAUCACAGUUAGCCUAUAUGUCAUACACUUAUUUAUGAGACUAAUUUUGAAUUAUUUGUGAAGUGGCAUCAAAUCAAUUAGCCUAACACAGUUAGUACAGAUGGACACAUUAAAAUUUAAUAUUGUAUGACAUCAGGAUGCCUUUAUGGCCUGAUUUUAAGUAAAAGGGUCCAACCCCCGAGGGACUCACUGUCAAAUAUUAUUAGACAGCUGAUUUCUUCAUAUAAAUAAUAAUUUUAUUUAGCAGCAGUGUUUGAUUUUAAAUUUCAUGAUUUGUAUAGUAUAGUGUGAAGAAUUUUACUUUUCAUUCACUACAACUACAACUCAAGCUUUUUUAAAAAAAAAAGAUUGCCCAUCCUUCAUUUAGUGAGUUUACAAAAGGCCUAAUAGGCAGCUUGACUAAUUAUGGGAAAAGUAGCUGCAAAAGCAGCUGUCCAUUCAACAUUAGGAAGGACAAUAAAUGGAUCUGCAACGAUUUUCUUGACAGCCCUACAAGAUCUUUAAAUGAGGUUGAACAUUAGUCUGACUUGAUCAAGCUGUUCUUUUGUCACAUAAUUACGGACUGUAUGAAAAUAGAAUAAACAUAGCUGACUUGAUUACAAAUCACUGUCAAACAGUGCAAGAUUUUACUGAAAGAAAUGUCUUUUCUGUUGAGCCUCCAUGACAGUCUUGUUUUUUUGUCAAUUAUCAUAAACUCAUUGACAUCAUUUCAAUUUAGCAAGAAAUGUUUACAAAAAAAUAUGAAAAACUAAAUUAGCAUGUUCUGCCCAUGACACAUCUCAGAAAAUUUUAAACUGACCAUGCUGCAAUGAAGAAUAAAAUUAUUUUUUUUUUUAAAUUUAUAAUUUUCAUGACUGUUAAAUUAACUGCUCUAUUUUGGCACAUAACUAACUGAUGAAUGAUGCAAGUAUUUAUGAUAUCAAUUUCGGUUGAACUGCCGGCGACUGAAAGAACCAAGCCCGCAUUUUUAAAGUAGUAGUAGGCUUGUUCCUAGUUCAUCAUGCAUUUUUAUAGACCAGCAGCACUCACCAACAAUAAGCAAAUGAGUAAUAGUAAUGAUGGUGACACUAAGUAACUUAAGACUAGGUAAACUAUAAAUUAACUUACACAGUUCCCCUGGUAGUGUAAUACUUUGUAACGUAAGGUUAGGUACACUAUAAAUUAACAAAUAGUAUUGUAUGUUAUUCUGAAAUUAAUCAUUAAACAUUUUGACUGGUACUCAUUUUACAGACCCCCAUCUCGUAGUUUCAACUGAUAACCUUAACAAUCCAGCUAGAGACGGAAAGCCCAACCACUGGAUAACUCUGCUAACAACAUGAGAAAGAUGUUGCCUGGUGUGGGCGUUUUCGGCAACACUCCUGCCAUGAGGUCUGUAUUUCCUUGGUUCAAGCAUUAUUGUUGUUAGGAUUUCUACAGCUUUUUCAGUUAUAUGAGUCUAAUAACUAUCAACGAUAACUGGUGUGAGAAUGACGCAUACAAUAAUUCCUUUUUCUGAUAUUACUUAAGCAGAUAUCUCUCAAAGAAAGAUUUAUUAAAUUUUGUUAUAAUAUAUUUGAAAAACUAUUUUUAUUCAGUCUGAACUGAAAUUCUUAAGUAGAUUAAGUCCAUUUUUGUUGUGUGUGUUCAAUAAAUUAAAAGAAUUUAAAGGCACUCUCUUGUUGCCUUACUUUAUUUGGUAAUUAAAGCAAAUUCUGAUACAGAUAUGAAUGACUACUAUUUUACUUAUUUUAGUUGCUACAUUCCUAUGUUAAAAUGACUACUAUUUUACUUAUUUUAGGUGCUACAUUCCUAUGUUAAAAUGGCUACUAUUUUACUUAUUUUAGGUGCUACAUUCCUAUGUUGAAAUCCUGUGGUCUUGAGGUAGUUGCACUGUGGGCGAGGACUCCCGAAGAGGCCAAAGAGCUUUCUGAGGACUUGGGGAUUGACAUGUACACAACAGAUGUGGACAAGGUCACUUUUUUAAAAAAAAAAACUAUUCCUCUUUAGUUACAUUUUACAUGAGUAGUGAAAAUUUAUCUGCUUGCUUGAGAGCAAGGAGAGGUCACAUUCUCUUCUUGACUUUUAAUCUUUCAUACCAGCCCACUGAAAGAAGUCAUGUAUAGUACAAGGUGAGUUGCAGUUUGGCCAUGUAUUUUAGAAGUGUGAAACCUUUCCCCACUUUUGGUUAUAUAUGAGAGAUUGCAUUCGAGCCAUUUGAAGGAAAAAGUGAAAGAAGAUGAUAACGCUUGAAAUGAAAAGACAGGACAACCCAAAGAGCGUUCUGGCUAGAUUGCCUUCUUCAAGAGAACAGACAAGAAACAACCAUGAAUAAGAAAAUGGAGAGCCUAUAUUGAUGUUAAAAGUCUCUACGCUUUUCACUAAGCAGUACUUUUUUUAAAUUAAAAUAAGGCAGUUUUUCGCAGCCUUUUCUAUACUCAGCUCCGCCUACAAAUUAUUUGACUAGUAUCGAAACUCUAAAAAAUUGUUUUAAGGUACAAAGUUUUCACCCCCAACAAAAGUAAAAAUACAUUUAAAAUAUGAAUAUAAUAGACGUCUAUUUCUAUCUAAUAUGAAUAUAAUGGACGUCUAUUUCUAUCUAAUAUGAAUAUAAUGGACGUCUAUUUCUAUCUAAUAUGAAUAUAAUGGACGUCUAUUUCUAUCUAAUAUGAAUAUAAUGGACGUCUAUUUCUAUCUAAUGUGAAUAUAAUGGACGUCUAUUUCUAUCUAAUAUGAAUAUAAUGGACGUCUAUUUCUAUCUAAUGUGAAUAUAAUGGACGUCUAUUUCUAUCUAAUAUGAAUAUAAUGGACGUCUAUUUCUAUCUAAUGUGAAUAUAAUGGACGUCUGUUUCUAUCUAAUAUGAAUAUAAUGGACGUCUAUUUCUAUCUAAUAUGAAUAUAAUGGACGGCUAUUUCUAUCUAAUAUGAAUAUAAUGGACGUCUAUUUCUAUCUAAUAUGAAUAUAAUGGACAUCUAUUUCUAUCUAAUAUGAAUAUAAUGGACGUCUAUUUCUAUCUAAUAUGAAUAUAAUGGACGUCAAUUUCUAUCUAAUAUGAAUAUAAUGGACGUCUAUUUCUAUCUAAUAUGAAUAUAAUGGACGUCUAUUUCUAUCUAAUAUGAAUAUAAUGGACGUCUAUUUCUAUCCAAUAUGAAUAUAAUGGACGUCUAUUUCUAUCCAAUAUGAAUAUAAUGGACGUCUAUUUCUAUCCAAUAUGAAUAUAAUGGACGUCUAUUUCUAUCCAAUAUGAAUAUAAUGGACGUCUAUUUCUAUCCAAUAUGAAUAUAAUGGACGUCUAUUUCUAUCCAAUAUGAAUAUAAUGGACGUCUAUUUCUAUCUAAUAUGAAUAUAAUGGACGUCUAUUUCUAUCUAAUAUGAAUAUAAUGGACGUCUAUUUCUAUCUAAUAUGAAUAUAAUGGACGUCUAUUUCUAUCUAAUAUGAAUAUAAUGGACGUCUAUUUCUAUCUAAUAUGAAUAUAAUGGACGUCUAUUUCUAUCUAAUGCUUAUAUUGAAAUGCAAAAAGAACUUAAAAGCUAAGGAAAUAUGUUUAUGGCUAAUUACAUAGAGGACAAUUUUUAUAAAGAAAUGUUUGAAAUGUUUAAAAAUAAAUAAAAAUUUAUAUUAUAACUUAAAAGCCAACGUCUCCCCUGUUCUUAUAAUCCCUUUCUGGCCACCCCCUAUGAUGCCUCCUUGCACCCCCUGGGAAUAGACCUAAUGGCAACCACUGAUCCUCAAAUAUUUUUGUUUACCCAGGACAGAUUUUGGUUUCGCUAUUUGUUAGCAACAAUAAACAAAUUGUGAAUAAUCUUCCUUUUUAGGUGUAUGCAUAUCUCUGUAUAACGAUUCUUCCUCUUUUUUUUUUGUCAGUUAGACAGGACGCUGUCAUUAUUGUUUUAUCUUCUCUUCAUACGCCGGAGACAGCAAACAACCUAAAUCACCACAUAUUUUAUUUGCAGGUGCUACUACACAAAGAUGUGGACCUUGUUGUCAUCAGCUGCUCACCACAUCUCCAGGCCCACAUUGCUGCAAAGGCACUGGGAAUAGGAAAACAUGUCCUCUGUAGCCCUCCCUCUGGCCCUCGCAGCCGAGACACCCUCCCCAUGGUUCAUGCCUCUAGAUACUACCCGAAGCUGAUGUCCUUAAUGUGCAAUGGACUUCGUUUUCUGCCAUCCAUUGUCAAAAUGAGAGCCUACAUAAAGGAUGGCUUCAUAGGAGAUAUAACCAUAUGUGAAGUGAAAGUGCACUAUGGGCAGAGACUGCGUAGCACAUUUGACUGGAUGUGUGAUGAGAUGAUGGGCGGUGGCCUGUUGAACAUGUACGGAGGAAUGAUUGUGGACAUUUUGAGCCACGUGACUGGUCAGCGGGCUGUCAGGGUCCAGGGCAUGUUAAAAACCUACACCAAGCAGACAGAUUUUGUGAAGGGUAUACGUGAAAUAACCAGCGAUGAUUUCUGCUCAUUUCAAAUGGAGAUGGACCACGGUGCUUGUGCCACAAUAACCCUCAACGGCCAUGUGCCUGGACAGUUCCUUCAGGAAAUUUUAAUAGUUGGAACCAAAGGACGUCUAGUGCUUAAAGGUGCUGACUUGUAUGGGCAAAAACAUGACAGGGUUAAAGAAGAAUUGUUGAACUUUGACCCCGUUAACUACAAGGAUAUAGACUCCCUUGGAAUACAUGAAAAGGUAAGGGGUGAAAUUCCGGUACCUUACAUGAAAGGUGUGAUAAAGAUGAUCGAGUCUGUGCGAGAUGCAUUCCAGCAGGUGGAGGAGAGACAGGGUUGGAGUCCUGAUCCCCUGAAUGCUGCAGCAACAUUUGAGGACUGUUUCUAUGUUCAGACUGUCCUUGACUCUGUCAGAGCCGCUAGUAAAACUCGACAGUCAAUGAAAGUUGUCAUGACGGAUACUGAGCCCGAGCCAAACCCCUUUCUAUCAACAGCCAUGAGGAGGAGCACUUUUUCUUUACACUAAGUGGCGUAGAGAGGAAGGCCUGGGUCUGACACCAGUGGCAGAGAAAAGAAGGCCUGGGCAUGACACCAGUGGCAGAGAAAAGAAGGCCUGGGCCUGACACCAGUGGCAGAGAAAAGAAGGCCUGGGCAUGACACCAGUGGCAGAGAAAAGAAGGCCUGGGCCUGACACCAGUGGCAGAGAAAAGAAGGCCUGGGCCUGACACCAGUGGCAGAGAAAAGAAGGCCUGAGCUGGACUAAAUUGUAAGCAGUACUGUAGAAAAGGCGGUGCAUUUUUUCUUUAUAUUGUUCGUCGAUAUUUCGGCCAGCUGAUGAGUUACUUUUAUGGGGGAGAGGGGACAAAAAGCUUGACCCUUCCCCCCUCCCCUCCAGGUGGCACCAAUCCUAGCCACGUCAUUGAUUGUAAGCUGUGACCACAUAAACAUAUCUAUUUUGUAACUUACUGGGGGGUUUUUUGUUCACCAAAUACUGUUAAAUGGCUUGUCAACCCUGAAAUAUGUCUGCUCUCACUGUAAUACUUCUGCUCCUACAGUUAUACAUCUGCUCUCAUUGUAAUACAUCUACUUUAACUGCAAUACGUCUGCUCUCACUGUAUUUAUUAUGCUGUAAUGGCAACUGCUAUAAUAAUGUCUGCAGAAAUGCAUAACAUACAGUCACAUUUAUUUAUCAGUGGAAAAAGAUAACUUUUUUGUGUCUUCCAUCUGUCAAACAUUACCUUGAUCUAC